AUGUGUGUAGAAGACGUUGAGAAGCUUGUGAAUAACCGACUUCGAGACUUAAAGAUUGGCGGAAAUUUCGAAGAUGCACUAUGCAUUGAGGUAGAUCAAGCAAACUCCUCACCUUUCACCAUAAAAAUUGAGCAGGCUGCUCCUCCUAAACGAUUCUCAACGCCCUCUUUCACAUGCUUCAAAGGCGAUUCCGACCCCGAAAGUCAUCUGAAGCAUUUCAAGAGCCUUAUGAUCCUCUACAAAGCCAAAGACGCGCUAAUGUGCAAGGUGUUUGCAAUGACUUUGCGAGGAGCAGCUCAGGAUUGGUUCCAUACCCUGCCACCAGGGUCAAUCAACAGUUUCAAGGAGCUUACUUACGUCUUCACUAAAGAAUACACUUCUUAUCGGACGAUCAAGAAGAAUCCUGACCAUCUGUUCAACCUGCGCAAGAAGCCUAAGGAAUCCUUUCGAGAUUACAUCAAGAGGGUCAAAGCAGAAAAGGCCAACAUCGUAGGGUGCGAUGACCAAAUCGCAUCCUCAACAUUCAAGAAAGGUCUUCUAGCAGAACAUGACUUAUACCGCGAGCUGACCAUCACCCCCAGCUAG